AGCUUUGACCUCUGCCCCCUUCCUGGUACAGAAUCAGCCAUUCUUCCUCUCAGCAAUGGACACAUGGUUUCAUCCUGAAACCAGCCAACUGACCGCCCACCCUGAGAAGCAAAUUCGAGUCUCAAAUGUGAGAGUUAAGUAUUUGAGAAAAUUGCUCUGAUUCUCAUUAUGACCACCAGGAACAAAAUGCACUUGGUGAGCACAGUUAAAAGAGAUGAGACUACUCAGAGCCCUUUUCCCUUGAUUUCUGGCAAACAGAAGCCCCCAGCAAUCUUUACCAAGGAGAGGUGAUGGUAUGAAAAUGAUAGCUACUUCUCCUUUCUCAUGACUCGUUCCCCAGCACCAGCUCCUCCUUGAAGCAACCCUAAGAUCUAUGUUAGAAAAAAGCAUGUUACUGAUGUGAUUAGCUGAACUGACCUGAGUUCUCUGUAAAAAAGCCUCCAUGAACCCCCAAUUCUUUUCACUGUUCCUCCGUUUUAUAGACAGGGACACUGAGGCUCAGAGAGGCUAAAUAACUUAACACAAAGUCACACAUGUAGGGCGAAGAAGGUCAGAUAGAGGACUUGAACAGCCAGUUUAACCACCAAGACAACACUUGGUUGAUUCUGAGACUCUGAAAGGCUUGCCCAGACUCUCACAGACAGUAAAUGAGGGGUAUCAGUUAGGUAAGCUAGGCUUAGCUGCCAUAGUGAACAAACCCAAAUCUCAGCAGCUUAAUGCCCCCAGAAGCUGGUUUCGUGCUCAGCCUACACAUCCAGCACAGGACCACUCCUCAUUAUAGCCACAUGGGGAACCAGACUGAUAGAGGAUCCAUCUCAACCCAGGCUUCCGUCAUCAACAAGGCAGAACAAACAGUCUUCAGGACUGACUCACAAAGCAUCCACCCAAAGCUCCCCAUGUCACUUGCACUUGUGUAUUUUUGAACAAAGCAAGUCACAGAGCUACACCUGACUCCAGGGAACAGGAAAGACGUGGGAGGACUAUUUGGUGAAUGCCACUAACGAUUUCCCCACCUGGCCCGGGGGGAAGGAACACCAGCUUCCUCUGCCUUUCACCAUGAGGGACCCAGGUGGAAGCAAGAGCUCAAUAAAAAAAGUCAAUAAGGACAAGUCCAGGGAACAGAGGUGGGAGCACUUCAUCACAGCAUCCAAGACCAUGAAAUUCAAACUUCCUGUGAUUCGAAACACCAUCCACAAGCCAAGCUGGCGAGGCUCCACACUCAGUCUGUCUCGGACCAGCGGGGGGUCCUCCCCCCAGAGCAGCAUGAUCUCUGUGAAUCCUGGCUCAGAGGAGCCCCAGAGCUUGAUCACCCAGGAGACCAGCAGCAAAGACAUUGAGGAUAACGAGUCCUCUUCGACCAAGCUGGAUGAAGAGCCUCUUCAUGUCUAUCUGCAGAAGCUCCUGGAAAUGGUUCGGGAAGAUGCCCGUAGGACAGUUACGAUGGAAAAUGAGAUACAAAGAAAAGCUCCCAGCCUCCUGUCCAUGCUCACCCAGCACAAGAGUGAUUCUACCCUGAAGGAGGGUCAGGCCACCCACAAGUCAAGUGAGAAAUCCAGCACUACAAGUGGAGAAAGCCACACCCCAACAGCGCAGAAGAAGACGAAAGGCCAUGCUAACCAUGACAUUGUCCAGUACAAGAGCGGGAUCUGUGGCAUCAUGAGGGCCAAGUUCUACAGCAUAGCCCAGGAAGCUGGCUUCUGCUUGCAGGACAAGAUGGAAAUCCUCUCGAAGCACCAAGAAGAGAGAAGUCUCCAGAAGUUCCGUUCUUUUGGCCUUGUCUCAAAUUUUCAAAAUGAUAUAGCAAAGAUGAGACAACAAAUCUCUGUAGUUAAAGGAGAUGCAGAAGAAACUGCCGACCACUGGUACCUUGAUUUGUUGUCCAAACUCCCUGAGGAUCUGAAGAACUACCGCCCCGCCAAAAAGAUCCUAAUCAAACUCCAGAAGUUUGGGGAGAACCUUGACCUGAGUGUCCGGCCCCAUGUUCUCCUGAAGGUGCUGCAGGAUCUGAGGGUCUGGGAACUGUGCUCCCCAGAUGUUGCUGUGGCUAUUGAGUUUGUGCGAGAACACAUCAUUCAUAUGCCUCGUGAGGAUUACAUCACCUGGCUGCAAAGCCAGAUCAGUAUGGCCGUCUGACCCCACAGUACCCUGACGUAGUCUGGGCCUGGUCAACCAGCUGUCCCAGUGGAGGAGGGCACGCCAACAGCACAUUCUGUGUCCCACCUGUGUUCUUGCUUCCUGCCUGCUCUUCUGGAUACUUGUUAUGAUACAGUAAGAUCAACUGGAGACUGACUCCUGGAAACACUCUAGAGACAGACUCCCAAGUGGUCCUCCCCUCAACCCCCACCCUUCCCUCAGUCUCCAAGUCUCUGCUCAUUGCUCCAGCCUGACUCUACCUACUUCUCCAGAUUCCUUCACCCCAUUCCUUUUCCACACAUUGUGGAUAAUAAAAUUGAGAUGAAUGUUUAA